AUCUCCGCUGUCUCAUGUCAACCUCCACAACAGUCCCCACCAUGGCCGACGAUAUCGAAGAGCUUCCGCCCAGCAAGCUCGGGACCAAGGAGCACUGGGACAUGGUGUACGAGCGGGAGAACCGCGUGUUCGACGAUGUCGGGGACGAGGGCGAGGUGUGGUUCGGCGAGGACGCGGUGGCGAAGAUGCGCGCGUGGGCACACGCGCACCUCCCGCGCUCAACCACCCCGUUGCGUGUGAUGGAGUGCGGCUCGGGGAACGGCACGCUCCUCCUCUCCUUUCUUACGUGGCCCGGCCCCCCGCAGCCCUUCCACCUCACGGGGCUCGACUACUCCGACGGGGCUGUGAAGCUGGGUGCGAGCGUGGAGGCUGCGCGGCGAGCGGCGAUUGCCGCUGGCGACGAGGACGUGCUGGAUCCCGACGACGUCGAGAACCCCGCGACGUGCGAGUGGCGCGUCGCCGAUUUGCUGCGCGACGACAUCGGCGAGACGUGGGACCUCGUCAUGGACAAGGGCACAUUUGACGCGCUUGCGCUCUCGCAAGAGCCUGUGCGCGAGAAGGGCGGGAUGCUGCCCAGCCGCGUGUAUCCCGAGCAGGUCGCCAAGCUCGUUACGCCCGGCGGAUUCUUCUUGAUCACAAGCUGCAACUUCACGGAGGAGGAGAUCAAGCGGCGCUUCGGCGCGCCGGGGCUAGGCCUUACGUUCCACUCGAGCGUGCCCCACCCGUCGUUUUCGUUCGGCGGCAAGACCGGCCAGACGGUGUGCACCGUCGCAUUCCAGAAGGACGCCGUCACGCCUUCCGUGUCGGGCUCCGCACCCGCCCUCCACGCCUGCGUAGACGUACGUAGCACAUAGAUGCAUGCUGAGACACAGUGCGGCGGG